AUGCUUCCGCUGGUGUGCUCUCGUAAUAACCGUUCGGAGAUGAGAAUCGGCGAAGAACAAACAACGAUCAGCAGAUGUCAAUCGAUGAUUGUUUCUCCUCUGUGCAUGACAAUUGGAUGGACUGAUUGGGCUAAAGCUGCGAUUGUCCCUGGACUUGUGUCAUUGAUUGUCGUCCCGUUUCCCUUGUAUUUGAUUUAUCCUCCUACAGUGAAGAGCAGCCCUGAUGCACCGAAGCUGGCUCAGGAAAAGCUUGACAAGAUGAGUCCUAUGUCCAAGAACGAGUUGAUUAUGGCCGCCACUUUGUUUCUCACGGUUGGUCUCUGGAUAUUCGGAGCUAAGUUGAGUGUAGAUGUUGUGACUGCAGCUAUUCUUGGAUUAUCGGUCCUCCUUGUGACGGGUGUUGUGACAUGGAAAGAGUGCUUAGCUGAGUCGGUCGCAUGGGACACGCUCACGUGGUUCGCUGCUCUCAUUGCAAUGGCUGGUUAUCUUAACAAAUACGGUCUCAUCGAGUGGUUCAGCCAGACCGUAGUCAAGUUUGUGGGAGGAUUGGGUUUGAUGCAUUUGCAAAGGUAA